GUUAAGAAGGUUACAAAGGAUGAACCAGCACUAUUGUCGGAUGUAGCAGGUGAUCAUAUCUUGGUGGGUGUCUACUGGAUUAUUGUAACUUGCACAACUCAUAUGUGUUGUCUCAGAAGCGGCGAGGACAAGACACAGGAUCUAUCACCCAUGAUCAAAAAAAUCCGGUCCAUCUUCUCCGACCUACACUCAAGGAUACAUACAACAGGUUAGCCACAUAAUGAAGCAGCUCCAUUGAAUCUGUUGCACAUGCAAUAUCGUGAUUUAAUUAAAAUGGGCAACAACGCUGACCAAAAGAUCCUUGCUCAUUGUAGAGGAAAUGAUCGCAAGAAGAAAAUUGAAGGAGAUUUUCGCCAGGGAUGCUAUGCACCCUCUUAUUGACGGUUCCACCAACGAACAGGUUAGCAUCGACGUGCUGAAAGAGAAGAAUCUUCUAUUAUUCAUUUCAGGCCUGACCAUAGACGAGAAUGAUAUAUUGAAAUUGAUGUCAAUUUAUGAUGGAAAAAAGAAUGGGGACCAAUACAAAAUUGUAUGGAUCCCCAUUGUGGAGCAGUGGACCGGUAACUCGCUAAGGAAGUUUAAGAUCUUAAAGUCUAAGAUCAAGAUGCCGUGGUAUAUAGUGCAAUCCUUUUCAGCAGUAGCAGGCCUCAAGUUGAUUGAGGACCACCGCUACGACAAUGGGUCUAUUGUCUUGUUGAUGAACCCACAAGGAGACGUGGAAAACAAAGAUGCACUAUACUUGAUUCAGCGAUUGGGAAUAAAUGACUUCCCUCCGCCUAAAUGUCAAGUGGUAUUGGAAUCGAUUUACAUGAGAACACCUGGACCUUACGAUAUCGAAGAAUAUACUUUCCUCUAUGGAGGCAAGGACAAGCAAUGGAUUGAACAAUUUUCCCAGAUGGAAAAUGUUGUGGUUGAGGAUCAGCUCAUACAGGAAGUCAACAUUCUCAUCAAAUUUUCUUUCGUUGGAAGAACGUCAAAAGACCUCAAAGAGCUGGGUCUUGACAAGGAAAUUCAAAAGUUAGCAGGUUCCUUCAAGAAUGAUAGUAGAUGGGCUAUGUUGAUCAUGACCGAUGAUUCAAAGGUAAUCAGUAAAGAUGGGACGACAAUUCUGCAGGUCUUGGAGGCGUUUGAAAAGUGGAAGGUGAAUGUGCGUGAGAGAGGCUUCCAGAUUUGCUUCGAAGAGUACCAUGACAGGCUUCUUCAAACUGGUUCCCAGCCAUCGGCAUCGAGGAAUGUCUGAUUGUCCUUGUAUCGUUGAAGGGCACCAUCAGCUUUUAGUGCUGCCACACAUUGGUUGUUUUAUUAAAAUAAAACAUGUGUAUUUUGUAUUCAGAGCCUGCCAAGUGUUGAAAGAAAUGCUUGGGUGAAAGUUGUCUUUUCAUUUUAAUGAUUUGGCAGGACUUAUUUAGCUCUUUUUUAGCUUAAUUAUUUUCAACUGGUGCCAUUCUCUUCCAA